AUGUCCCUCAAUAUUCUCGUCGUGGGAGCCGGGAUUUGUGGCCCGGCUUUUGCAACUCUUCUCCAAAGAUCCAACCCCAAGCACAGAAUCACGAUCCUGGAGCGCUUUGAGUCCCUGCGCAUAUCUGGACAACAGGUUGACUUGAAGACCCAAGCACCUCACAUUCUAGGAAAAAUGGGCCUUAUGGAAAGAAUAAAGGCCCAUUGUGUGAAUGAGACAGGACUUGAAAUGGUAGACUCCAUGGGUAAACAGGUCUCUUAUUUCCCUGCCGCUGCUGCUGGGGAACGUCGCCCCGGACUGACGAGUGAGCAUGAAAUCAUGCGCGGCGACAUGGUGCAAGAAGCCAUGGGGGGGAUAUUGUACAAAUUUGGUCAGACAAUCACGGCUCUUGAUCAAAAUUUGGAUGGUGUGGAUGUAACCUUCUCUAACGGAGAGAGACAAGGCUUUGAUCUCGUUGUUGCCGCAGAUGGACAAGGGUCACGAACCAGAAGACUCGCAUUUGGCGAGGAUAUUAGCGACGCCGCUUUCAAAUCCCUCGGUAUCCAUGGUGCUUACUUUUCCAUUCCUCGAGCUGAAGGCGAAGGAAGUCUCGCGCGAGGCCAUCUAGCCCCGGGAAGACGAAUGAUCAUGACCAGAACCAGCGACCGACCGGUCACUGGAGUUCUUCUGUUUGCCAUGGAACAGUCUGGCCGAUUGAGGGCGUCUUACAAAGGAUCCCAAGAGGCUCAAAAGAAAGCCUUUUUAGAGACGUUCAAGGAUGUCGAAUGGCAAACCGAUAGGCUGAUUGAAGGGUUGAGAAGCUCUGAAGACUUUUAUGCUCAUGAGCUUGGCCAAAUCAAAAUGAGUCAACUUUCAACCGGUCGCGUUGUGCUCCUUGGAGAUGCAGGAUACUGUCCGAGUCCUUUUACUGGACUCGGGACCAACCUUUGCCUGAUGGGAGCCUACAUCCUUGCAGGUGAAUUGGCUCGACAGGGGGGCGAUGUUAAGCGAGCUUUGAAAUCCUACGAAGACGCAAUGCGGCCUUUCAUAGAUGAGUGUCAGCGUUUCUCGACUGGUAGUCUUGGGCUGUUCUUUCCAUCUUCGAGAAUUGGUGUUUGGUCCCUGGGAAAGCUCUUGUGGGCUGUUUCGAAAGUCAACGGUCUUUUCCCCCAAUCCCAAAAGGAUGGCACUCACGAUGGAUGCAUUCCUGAAUAUCCCGAAUUAAACCUGAAGGUUUGA